AUGUACGCCGCUCAGAAUAUAACGCCAACAGUUUUGGAUGCCAUGAAUGGAAAUGUUUCCGAAUGGUAUAACGAAUGCGACAAUGCCAUUAGAAGGUCAGAAAUAGUUCCUGGAACUUACGAAUAUACAACUGCUGUUUCUUAUGGAAACGUAGGUGAGUUUGGAGAAGGUUCUUCAACAACAGUAGAUAUUGCUUGCGACAGGUUUCAUAUAAUUUCUAUUGACAACUCUUUCUUAUACGUGGAACAAGACAUUGAAAUAAAACCUUCUGCCAAGUUGUCUGACAAGAAAGGUUGCAAUGGAAUUUUCUAUGUCGGAUACCAAUAUGCUCCAGAAGUUUUCAUGGGAUAUAAGAUAUAUUCUAACUCUGACUUAGUUCAAACAGUAACAUGGGCAAACUAUGAAUGGUUCGCUUUGAGAAACUCAGUACAACCACAAGCUAGAGAACAAACAGACCAGUAUGCAACUAUUGAGAAAAUAAGAAGACUUGACCCUAACGUUCCAGGAGUUUAUGUUAACCUUUCUGGACAAACUGCAGCAGCAGUAACCAAAGUAAAACUGAAACUUAGAGUUCCUUUGUCAUCUUUCCUCAUCUUCAGGUUUUUAAGAUACUUGCCAAACUGGGCAGGAAAAAUUUCUAUCGAACUUACUCCAAGCAAAAAUAACUUAGUCAUUGCACCAACACAAGACCCAUUCACUCUUACAGACGUAAAGGGAGCAAAUCAAACGUCAUUCGCCGAAUUUUGCAAAGACAAAGUUGACUUAGACUUUGGUUUCUCAAACCUCAACACUGAAGUAAACUACUACUUCAAUGCUGCUGGAACUGCUUGGGACCCAGUUAAGUUCACAUGCGAAAA